UCCACACCCGCACGGGCUGGGAAGGUGCUGGUCUGUGAGGCGUGUAGAGAUGUGCUGGAAGAGGGCACACGGUCCCAAUUGAUUGCGUGUUGCUUUGGGUUUCGUUACUGUCUGUGCCUUUGAGAGAUGGUCAAGAGGUAGAAGUCCAGAGGAUCAAUUUCUCAGCUUUCCUAGAGAACAAAAAGCACGAUGACAUGGCACCCUCAGUACCGAAGUUCCAAGUUCCGUCACGUCUUCGGCAAAGCCGCAAGCAAGGAGAACUGCUAUGACUCCGUGCCCAUUACCAAGAGCGUCCAUGACAACCAUUUCUGUGCUGUCAAUCCUCAUUUCAUCGCCGUCGUGACCGAAUGUGCUGGCGGGGGAGCCUUUCUCGUUAUACCGAUACAUCAGACAGGAAAGCUUGAUCCUCACUACCCAAAGAUCUGUGGGCACAAGGGAAAUGUGCUGGAUAUCAAGUGGAACCCAUUUGAUGACUUUGUAAUAGCCUCCUGUUCGGAAGACACGACGAUCAAGAUCUGGGACAUUCCAAAGCAAAUGAUCUUGAAGAACAUCACCGCCUCAAAGAAAGACCUGCUCGGUCACUCCCGGAGAGUUGGACUUCUGGAAUGGCACCCAACAGCUGCUAAUAUUCUCUUCAGUACCGGCUAUGAUUAUAAGUUAAUGAUCUGGAACCUGGACACGAAGGAAUCUGAAAUUCAGAACCCCGUGAAGACCAUCAAUUUCCACAGAGAUGUUAUCCUCUCCAUGUCGUUCAAUACAGAUGGCAGCCUACUGGCCACCACCUGCAAGGACAAGAAGAUACGGGUUAUCGACCCUCGAGCAGGGAAGGUCUUACAGGAAACAGAUUACAAGUCACACCGAGCUAACAAAGUGUUGUUUCUGGGGAACCUGAAGAAGUUGUUGUCCACGGGGACAUCCAAAUGGAACAACAGGCAGAUUGCACUGUGGGAUCAGGAUGACCUUUCGAUGCCUUUGUCCGAAGAGGACCUGGAUGGCUCCUCUGGUGUGCUCUUUCCUUUCUAUGAUUCAGAUACACACAUGCUCUACAUGGUGGGCAAGGGUGAUGGGAACAUCAGGUACUAUGAGAUAAGCCAAGACAAACCUCACUUGAACUAUCUCACAGAGUAUCGCUCCAGUUGCCCUCAAAAAGGAAUUGGGGCCAUGCCAAAGAGAGGGCUAGAUGUGUCUUCCUGUGAGAUCUUCAGAUUCUACAAACUGAUUACGACCAAAGGCCUAAUCGAGCCAGUGUCUAUGAUUGUGCCUCGACGGUCAGAGUCAUACCAAGAUGACAUCUACCCCAUGACGGCUGGAGCCCAGCCAGCACUGACAGCUCAGGAAUGGUUGAAUGGAAUCAACAAAGAUCCUCUUCUGAUAUCUUUAAGACCAGGUUCCGAACCUGAGCAAGCCCAGCCACAUUUUCCUGAGAGGAGAGUGUCCAAUACGGUGACAACAGAAUUCAAUAAGCACCUGGACAGGCUAGAGAGGAUGCCUGUAGAGGACAAGAAGCAGGACAGAUUCCAAGAUGAGAGGGCAGAGAAGCUCGUGGUGGAUCGCGUGCAGGAAAACCAAAAGCCUCGACUCUCUAACGGGUUUGACUUGUUCGAGUGCCCUCCACCAAAGACCGAAAACGAGCUGCUGCAGGUGUUCUACCGCCAGCAGGAAGAAAUUCGGAAACUUCGAGACCUGGUCAACCAGAGGGAGGUUCAGAUCAAACAAUUAGAGCUAGAGAUCCAAAACCUCAACGGGGGCUCAGCCAGGUACUGAAGUGGAGGUGAUCGCUUUCCCGCCUUCAGGACCCAACUCGCACCCCUCCUCCCUCUUCCCCUUGAGACGGGGAGGAAAAAAAAGCCUCCUGAGGAUGACUACUGUUUAUAAGUUUUUUUAGGGGGAAUUCACAGUUUAAUUUACUGAAACAGUACACGGUGCCCUUUUUUCUAUUUAUCUUCUUUUAGUAACUGUAUAUUAAUUGACUGUUUUUAAAAGAUGCUUUGACCUUUGUUUUUAACGUUGUCCUUUUUUAUGAGUCUAGUUUCAAAGGAGAAGAAAAUGUAGCUCAAGUCAAAAGAGUCACGAGCAAAAGAAUUUCUAACAGUAACCAAAAUCAGAGGCAUGGCAGCUCCGCUGACUAAUGCCAGCAUUCAGGAGAAAGGUUUGAGAAUUCUUCUGCAUAAGACAAUACACCUUGACACGUGCACUAAAACCAUCCCGGGGACUUCUUGCCGACCUCCCUUAGGGUCUGCAGCAGAAACUGGGUAGGGAACAUUAGUACAGAGGCUGAAAAUAAUAUCGGGCCACAGCCACCGGGAGGAAGGCUUUCUCUGGUUCUGGAUGUAGAAUCACAUCCGGUUCUUCCCUCAGAUCAGUGUAAAAAUAUGACCGCGCCCUUGGUUCCAGAGGAGCUUCAAGCAAGCCAAGGAGACUGAGUUUUGGGGAGGGAAAGAUAAAAGAGACUCUCUCCCCGGUGCUUCUCCAGGGCUAUGCUCUGGGCCAGACCAUUUGGAAAGACAAUGCUUUCAGGGGUUUCCCAUCAGGUUCUGCCAAAACAAUGAAAAGAGAGAGAGAGAGACCCACCGGGCCCCGAAACAUUCGGGGUGAACGGUAAGACUCUGACGAAGAGUUGUAACUUAAGGCCUUUCUUUCCCAGAGGGCUCCAGCACCCAUCCCCUGGAAAAUAUCAGGGCAACCCACUGGCCCACUGAAUUCUAAGGGAGCCUUCUAGUGCUUGAAGUUCCUCUGGACAUUUAUCGACCAAACACAACUCUGUAAGCUUGACUUUUGCCCUCUGGGGUGUCACUCACUCUCUCUCUCUCUCUAAUAAAUACUUAGAAAUGCUGGAACUCGUUUUUAUAGAAAACAUUGUCUGCAAUAACAUGCCUUACUGCACUAUUGAGAGCAAAGAUAAAUCUCAGAGAUGGUUGGGGAAGCAGAAAUCCACUGGAUGCAAACCAAUCACCAUCUUUAUGAAUGAAAACCAGACUUCGGAGACCAAAAACCUAUCGUUUCAAAGCAGACCUAGCUAGAUGUGUUUCUUCAAGUAGCCAGCCAGCUUGUUUCCUUUUUUUACAACCAGAAUAAAUUAUUUAAAUUAUUUGACAGCUAAGGAAAAGGGACAGGUAAAUUUUACCAGGUAUUUUUUAAGCAUACUUUUUUUGAUUGUAUUUUUGUUUAUGUACGCGACCUAAUAGUUAAAUUUAGCACCUACGCGCUCAGCCAAUUAGUAGAGUGCUCACUGAUUUUCUGUACUUGAAACACAAAUAGUCACACUGAUUGUUUACUGAUGACCAUUCUGAAAACAAAGGCUACCGGAUCAGCACUUGAAUAUGAUCUUUUGGAUAAUACCUCUGUGUGAAUGUUGACUUUAACAUGUUUUUCUCCUGGAACAUCCAUUUGCUCAUAAACGUAUUCCAGAAGGAGACCGGAUGGCGGAAAUUGGUCUAUGCUUUAUUGAACUGUGCCUAAAACGAUUUCAACUAUAAUUUUGUCAUGGUUUCUUAAAUUCUUUGUAUCUUUGUAAAAAUUAAAGUGUUGCGGAAUUGUGCAAUGAUAAACAAAUGUAACUAAAGAAUAAAUAUCUGGCUAGACUUUUACUUUUCAAUCCACGAAGUUUUCUUUUAUAAAUAUAAAUAUACAUAUAUAUAAAUAUUAAUUUUCUUAAAACAAAGGUGGAAGUGGAGAGACGAAAUGAGUGGAGUUUACUUUGAGUUUACAGUCUCUUAGUUUGGCAUAUGUAGAGGUGUGGCCUUAUCUUACCUAGCAGAUACUGUACCUUACCGUUCGUGCAUGUGUAUCGGCCUAUAAUCCUUUUUACCCGCUCCCAAAGCCUGUGAUGUAAACGACAUGUUCGGUUCCUUUCUAAUAAACAAAUAUUUCAACCUGAA